AUGAAACUCCCCCAGCCGAUCCCGGAUCGUCUCAAGGAUAAAAUUGCGCUAAUCACCGGCGCGGCUGGUAACAUCGGCUUCGAGACAGCCCGUCGAUUUCUGGCCGAGGGUGCAAAAGUCUCGCUUGUUGAUAUCCAAGAGACUGCAUUGAGCGACGCCAUCCAAAAAUUGCAAGAUGCGUUUCCAGAUGACACCAGCCUGACAGAGAGGAUAUUGACGAUACGGGCUGAUGUCACGGACCAGCCCGAUGUAGAGAGAUUUGUGGCCCAGACUGUUGAGCGGUUUGGCGGGCUGGAUACGGCUUUUUUCUGUGCGGGGAUAUCGUAUUCGUCGACGAGUAUUUUGGAUACGGAUGAUGAGUUGUGGGAUAAGGUUAUUAAAGUGAAUACACGAUCUGCCUUCCUAGGAAUCAAAUACGCUGGUCGCGUCAUGCGCGAUUCAGGCAAAGGCGGGAGUAUCAUCCUCGCCUCAUCUAUUGCAGGUCUACGCGCUACACCAGGAUUGUGCGCCUACUCCAGCGCCAAAUACGCCUUGCGAGGAUUAUGCGUGACAGCCGCCGCUGAACUGGGCCAACACCAAAUCAGGGUAAACACCGUCCAUCCCUGCGGCGUCAACACACCCAUGUUUCAAGCUACUUGGCCACCCGAAAAGAUGAAGCAGUUGUUGUCGACUGUACCAUUGGGGAGAUGGGCCGAGGUGGAGGAUGUGGCUGCCCUGGUUGCGUUUUUGGCGAGUGAUGAUGCGCAGUUUUUGACGGGGGGCGCGCUCAAGGUGGAUGGGGGCAUUGUUUCGUCUUGA